CCAGGUGGUCGAGGGCUGCCCCAAGCUCAGGACUUGGACGAGUCUAAGACGAUGGUUUCUUAAGCACGGACCCGCGUUCCCCUUCCCGCCCCCUCGACUGGAGGCAGGGAUCCCGCGUGAGGUCCCCGGGGGCUCCGUCUCCCCGCGGAGCCCCAGCCGCUGCCUCCAGGGACAAUUCGCACGGCCCCAGGGGCGCACGGCGAUGUGGCCUCCGUCCAGCGCGCAGGCACGCCGGGGGGAUGCUCUGGCACCUGUCGGGGUCCCGGCCUAGCAUGGCCCGCGCGUUGCCCGACGUCGCCUCCGGCUAGGAUGGCCCCUCCGGGCCCGGCCGGCGUCCUCCCCACCUCUGCCGAGCCGCUGUCCCGCAGCAUCUUCCGGAAGUUCUUGCUGAUGCUCUGCUCCCUGCUCACGUCCCUUUACGUCUUCUACUGCCUGGCCGAGCGCUGCCAGACUCUGUCCGGACCCGUCGUGGGGCUGUCCGGCGGCGGCGAGGAGGCGGGGGCCCCUGGUCGCGGCGUCCUGGCCGGAGGCCCGCGGGAGCUGGCGGUGUGGCCGGCGGCGGCACAGAGAAAGCCCCUCCUGCAACUGCAGCAGUGGCGGAGGCGCCGGCCGCCCGCGCCGCGCGCCAACGGAGAGGAGGCGGCCUGGGAAGAGGAGUCCCCUGGCCUGGCCGGGGGUCCCGGCGGCUCCGGGGCAGGAAGCAGCGUGGCCGAAGCCCCGCAGGGGACCCUGGCGCUGCUCCUGGAUGAAGGCAGCAAGCAGCUGCCGCAGGCCAUCAUCAUCGGCGUGAAGAAGGGCGGCACGCGGGCGCUGCUGGAGUUCCUGCGCGUGCACCCCGACGUGCGCGCCGUGGGCGCCGAGCCCCACUUCUUCGACCGCAGCUACGACAAGGGCCUCGCCUGGUACCGGGACCUGAUGCCCAGAACCCUGGACGGGCAGAUCACCAUGGAGAAGACGCCCAGUUACUUCGUCACGCGGGAGGCGCCCGCGCGCAUCUCGGCCAUGUCCAAGGACACCAAGCUCAUCGUGGUGGUGCGGGACCCGGUGACCAGGGCCAUCUCGGACUACACACAGACGCUGUCCAAGCGGCCGGACAUCCCCACCUUCGAGAGCUUGACGUUCAAAAACAGGACAACGGGCCUCAUCGACACGUCGUGGAGCGCCAUCCAGAUCGGCAUCUACGCCAAGCACCUGGAGCAUUGGCUGCGCCACUUCCCCAUCCGCCAGAUGCUCUUCGUGAGCGGCGAGCGGCUCAUCAGCGACCCGGCCGGCGAGCUGGGCCGCGUGCAGGACUUCCUGGGCCUCAAGCGGAUCAUCACGGACAAGCACUUCUACUUCAACAAGACCAAGGGCUUCCCCUGCCUGAAGAAGGCGGAGGGCAGCAGCCGGCCCCACUGCCUGGGCAAGACCAAGGGCAGGACCCACCCUGAGAUCGACCGCGAGGUGGUGCGCAGGCUGCGCGAGUUCUACCGGCCUUUCAACCUCAAGUUCUACCAGAUGACCGGGCACGACUUUGGCUGGGAUGGAUAACCAUAUAAUUUAAAAAGAAAAAAAAAAAUCAAAAUAUAAUAUAUUUUUUUACCAAUCGGUAGAGAAGAGGCAGUUUAAUAUUUGUGCUGAAAAUAUGUUUCAGUAUUUUUUUCAAUGAAUGUUAAGAGAUUGUUCUCACUCCAGCCCCAUCUCAACGUAUAACCAGCACCAAACACGUGGAUCAACAGAAAAGGAAAAGUUCACUCGUCUAAACGCUUUCAAUUUUCAGUUUUUAUUUUAUGUUCUAUGUACCCAGUCAUAAAGUAUAAGCAUCAGUUGUCAUUAAAAGUUUUCAGAAAA